CAAGUCCCCACUUCACAAGGAAGAGCUUUGGCGCAGUCUCCCUGUCUCUCUUUCUAGUCCGGAGUGGGGAAACAAGCACUGGAAAAAAUAAUAAUCUAGCUAGGACUCUAGAUCUAAUUAAUUUGUAAACUGAAGAAGUCAUAAGGGUCCCGCCUCUGCCCCAUUAGAUUCCCGCCCCCACCGAUGGUCUUUAAAGUUCUCGCGAGGCGCGCCCCGCAGCCCCACAGCGAACAUCUGAGGAUGGACAGACGGACUCGGAGCGCCACGAGGGAGCCCCGGGGGAGAGGCAGCGGGUCGCCCCCGAAGGAGAACAAGAAGGCGAAGGCAGAGAGGGGCGGGGGCCGCGGGCGCCGGGAUACGCGGCGUGAGGGGAGCCCUGGGGCGCCCCGCGCGCAGGCAGCCACGGUGGUGGACGUGGAUGAGGUCCGCGAGCCCGGGGAGGAGGGCACCGAGCUGGGGGCGCUGCUGGAGAGCGAGCGGCCCGAUGAGGGUAUCAAGUCCUCUGGUUUAGGUGUCUGUGAGUGGCUUCUAGUCCUUGCAUUCCUGCUCUUCAUCAUCAUGACCUUCCCCUUUUCUAUCUGGUUCUGCAUAAAGGUUGUCCAGGAGUAUGAGAGAGUAAUUAUAUUCCGACUAGGACAUCUGCUUCCUGGAAGAGCCAAAGGUCCUGGUCUUUUCUUCUUUUUGCCCUGCUUGGACACUUACCACAAGGUUGAUCUUCGUCUCCAAACCUUGGAGAUACCCUUUCAUGAGGUUGUGACCAAAGACAUGUUUAUAAUGGAGGUAGAUGCUAUCUGCUACUACCGAAUGGAAAAUGCCUCCCUUCUUCUAAGUAGUCUUGCCCAUGUGUCCAAAGCUGUCCAGUUUCUUGUACAAACAACCAUGAAACGUCUCCUUGCUCAUCGAUCUCUCACGGAAAUUCUUCUAGAAAGGAAGAGCAUUGCCCAAGACGUCAAGAUUGCCUUGGAUUCAGUGACCUGCAUAUGGGGGAUCAAAGUGGAGAGAACAGAAAUUAAGGACGUGAGGCUACCAGCAGGUCUCCAGCACUCAUUGGCAGUAGAAGCAGAAGCACAAAGACAGGCCAAAGUGCGGAUGAUCGCUGCAGAAGGAGAAAAGGCCGCCUCUGAGUCCCUGAGGAUGGCAGCUGAAAUUCUAUCAGGUACUCCAGCUGCUGUUCAGCUUCGGUACCUGCACACCCUCCAGUCUCUGUCCUCAGAGAAACCUUCUACAGUGGUUUUACCUUUGCCAUGUGAUUUACUCAAUUUCUUGUCAUCUCCCAGCCAUCGAACUCAAGGAAGUCUCCCCUUGCCCAGUCAUUCUAAACCUGUUGAGCCACUGAAUCCUAAAAAGAAAGACUCCCCCAUGCUCUAGGAGGAACUGAGGAUAAGGUGGCAGCAGGGGACCUGGCAUAGAAUGGCCACCUAGUGUGCACUUUAUUCUCACUGUAUGACCUUCUGUCCUUGGCACAUAGUCCCAGUAACCGACAUGAGAAGGCAAUGAGGUGAUGUAACAAUUGAGAAGUUAGUACAAGUGCACAAACAUAUAUGGGUCAUCUGUAAGUACAAGAAAGAGCUUUAGACUACAUUCUACUCUGGACAGAAUCUGGACUAAAGUUUGAUGUCUAAAGAUCUGGUUUAAAUGCCCUUUAUCUCCUAUCCUUUGUCUCCUAUCCCCUUUGGCACAACCUUUGCUGCUCUCAGGGCCCUUUCUUCACACUCUCUCAUGAGCUAAUCUUGCUCCAUUGUAAUCCUAGACUUGGAUAUAGGCUUUUCCCAACUCAGUACCUUGAGUUUCUUAAUGACAUGUCAUAGUCAUAUCCCCUUCCCACACUCAACUUCACAUGCCCUACUUCAUCUUCCUUCCUGAUAGUUGCAUCACAGUCACAUUUAAGUGUUCUCUAGUGAAUAAGAAACCAAGAUUUUCUUGGGCUGCAUGUGAAAUCCAUACCUAAUUAAAGAAUUUUAAAGAG